AUGUCUUCAACCCCACGCUUCCAAUGUGCGGAUGUCGAUCCCAACCCGCUGGCCCAGCCUCUCCCAUUUUCCUUUUCAAGACGCUCAGCACCUAAUCGAUUCCUAAAGGGUGCAAUGAGCGAGCGUCUUGCCUCUUUCUCUCUCGCCGAUAUUGAAUCACGUGGCAUACCUUCCCUGGAGCUGAUCCACGCCUACAAGAUCUGGGGAGAGUCAAGCAUUGGCAUCAACCUCACUGGCAAUGUCAUGAUCGAUGCCGAUCACCUCGAGGCAGCCGGCAACCCCGUCAUCCCGCGAAACGCAGAGUUUUCAGGCCUCCGCUUUGACAGAUUCCGUGAACUCGCCACGGCUGGCAAGGCAAAGGGAUCCCUCAUUAUUGCUCAGGUCGGACACCCGGGUCGCCAGACUCCCGGAGAUAUCCAGCCUAACCCUAUCAGUGCCAGCGAUGUUCAACUCACGUCUAGCUCCCUAGGGAGAGAAUUUGGAAAGCCUCGUGCUGCCAGUGAAGAGGAUAUUGCGAACGUUAUCGAUGGCUUUGCGCAUGCGGCUGAGUACCUUGAGAAAGCUGGCUUCGAUGGUAUCGAGCUGCACGGUGCCCAUGGUUAUCUCCUCAGCCAAUUCUUGUCUCCCACAACGAAUCUGAGAACUGAUAAAUAUGGCGGUGACUUGAAGAAUCGUAUGAGGUUGAUUUUGGAGGUCAGAGAUGAGAUUGCCAAGAGGGUGAGCGAUACCUUUAUUGUCGGUAUCAAAGUCAACAGUGUGGAGUUCCAGGAGAAGGGAUUCCAACCAGAAGAGGCUAGAGAAUUGUGCAAGGCCCUUGAAGAGCAUAAAUUUGACUUUGUUGAGCUUUCUGGUGGCACUUAUGAGAAAUGGGUGCAAGUUGAUGCCCAGCGCCAGUCGACUGUCGCGCGUGAAGCAUUUUUCUUGGAAUUUGCCAAGGCUGUCGUGCCUGGCUUAUCCAAGACGAAGACCUAUGUGACUGGAGGAUUCAAGACUGUCGAGGGUAUGCUUGGUGCUCUGGACACCGUCGACGGUGUCGGUCUCGGACGGCCCCUGUGUCAGGAACCCAACUUCUGCGCUCAGAUCUUGUCUGGACAGAUUAAGGGAGCUAUGCUCCAGAAGCUGGACUUGGAACAAUUCAGUGUCACCGCCGGUGCGGCCGGCCUUCAGAUCAAACAGAUGGGGCAGAACCUUCAGCCCAUCGAUCUGUCCGUACAGAGAAAUGUGGCCAAACUUUUCGGCAGCUUGUUGAAGUGGAAGGCAGAACAGGAGAAGAACGCUGAGGCAUAUGAAUUCCCUGCUCUGGAUGACUAUUCUUUGGCAUAUGAUGCCACUGUAUUCUAG